AUGGAGAGCACGGAUGGCGCUGGCGUCGCCAGGCGGCUGCUUAAGGAUACACCUCGCCAUCAGCUCACUCGGGGACUAUUACGCACAUUGAACGUUAUUAACGUGAACUACUAUCGGAAACACAACCCCAAGCCGACAGGCGUGCCGGCAAAGAAAAAGAAGAAAGUUCUAGCGAAUUAUGUUUUCUCCGACACUGGAGAAGAAACGUUUAACAAUGGUCGCUAUCUUGUGCGCGGACGGAAACUUGGCGCAGGCUCGUUUGGACAAGUUGUUGAGGCCGAAGAUCUAGCUACUAAACGACUUGUGGCUAUUAAGGUGGUGCAGAAGAAGCAGCAGUAUACAGAGCAAGCCCAGACCGAGAUUAGUAUCCUGCAAAUGCUCCAUUCACCUCAACAACACGACGCAAUCAAUCACAUUGUUAGAUUAACCGAUGCUUUCAUGCACAAGGGUCAUCAAUGUCUGGUGUUUGAGCGACUUGGCCCGAAUCUUUUUGAUGUUCUGCGUGGCACGAAUUUUCACGGCAUCAGUCUCAAAUUACUGAGAAAGUUCACUCGGCAAAUUUUAAAAGCGCUUGAGUAUAUGCGGCAUCCGAAUGUUAAUGUAAUUCACUGCGACUUGAAACCAGAAAAUAUUUUACUUGUCUCGCACGGCCACAGCUCAUUAAAGCUCAUCGACUUUGGCAGCUCAUGUCUUUCGCGCAAUCAGAUCCAUCGUUACACCCAAAGCCGCUUCUACCGCGCUCCAGAGGUUUUGCUGGGAAUGCGGUAUACUGCUGCUAUUGAUAUGUGGAGUCUUGGUUGUAUUCUUGUGGAAAUGCACACUGGCAAACCUUUAUUCUGUGGCUACGACUCGGCAGAUCAGCUGCACCGAAUCAUUAACGUCUUGGGCAUGCCACCACGAGAACUAAUUGCUCGCGCCAACUCAACUUAUCGACGAGAGUAUUUUGAUGAAAUUGUGACAAACGAAGGCAGCAACAAGUGGGUCGAUUAUUGUCUGAAGGUGCACAAGGUCGUUCCUCCUAAAGGAGUUGAUGUGAUUCCCGAAAAUACCAAAACGCUCGCUGAAAUUCUUGCCAGUGCAGACAAGUAUGGCACUGUGAAUCAUAGCCCGGAGCAGUAUCCGGCUUUUCAUGACCUUGUGAUGCGAAUGCUGGAUUUUAAUCCGGAUACGCGUAUUACUCCAUCUGAAGCAAUGCAACAUCCGUUUUUGAUGAACAUGCGUCAAAUGCAGCCAGAUGAGCUAAUGGACGAGCCUGUUGCGCAAGGAAAGUAUAAAUAUAGACGAGCUUCUACGAUGCGCGACGUACAUGGUCACAAUUCCGAGAUCCAAAUGCCUCCUUUGAAUCGAGCUAAGCAACGUCGGUUUCUAGACAAGUCACCGCAUGAACGAUGA